AUGGAGAAUUUCGAAUCCAAAGAGCAAAUUGAAGAAAUCAAAGGUCUUUUAUCCUCAAAAAACAAGCCUUUAGCUUACUCAAAACUCUUGCACUUCCAACAACAAUCCACCGAAGAUACAUCUUCCAUUCAAAUACUUGCGGAUUCAAUCCACGAUAUUCUCUCAUCUGUUGUCGUCGAUAUCGCUAAUUACGAUGAAGAAAUUGCGGCUCCAGCAUUGAAGUGUUUGGGAUUCAUGAUUUACCACCCUUGUAUCCUGGGUUCAAUUAAAGGUGAUGAUGCCAAUAUCAUCAUUGAAUCUCUUGUAAAGGUCAUUACAACUACAAAAAUCAAGUCAAUUUGCAAUUUAGGAGUGUGGUGUAUAUCAAUCCAACAAUUCAAUGAAUCAACUUUGGCUAACAAUUUGCAUUCGUUGCUGAGGGCAGUUAUCCAUGCCCUUGACAAUCCUAUAGGUUCCUUUUCAACAACCUUUGAAGCAAUGCAGGCUGUGGUGAAGUUGACUAGUUCAUUAACUGAAAAGAUGAAAGAAAUUUCAAAUGUAUGGGCUCCUCCAAUUUAUAGACGACUUGUAAGUGUUGAUAAAAGGGAUAGAGAUAUGUCUGAGAGAUGCUUGCUGAAGAUUAGGUCCGUAAUAUCUCCGCCGCCAUUAAUUCUCUGCAAGGCUCUUGUGAUAGAUAUGAAGAAAAAAUUGCUCUCUGCAAUGAAGGAACUAAUGGACCAAGGGAUGAAGAUCCAAAGUCUGCAAGCAUGGGGAUGGUUUAUUCGUUUGCUGGGACCUUAUGCUACAAAGAAUAAACAUUUAGUUAAUGAAAUGCUGAAACUUCUUGAGAAGACAUUCUCUGACUUUGACUCGCCAUCUCAGAUUUCUUCCCUGGUUGCCUGGGAAGGUCUUAUUGAUUCUUUAAUUGAGCCUCCAAUGCCUUGCUCAACCAAUUCUGUUCUAGAGCAUGACACUCAAGAAUUGAGGACGUCUGAAGGAAGUGACAGGCAAAUGAAAGCAAACGGACAUCUAAAAAGAAUUAAGCUUAUAAUGAAACCCCUCAUAGGAAUCAUGUCAAGUAAAUGUGAUGUUUCUGUCCAUGCAUCCUGUCUGAAUACAUGGUCUUAUCUAUUACAUAAACUCGAUACUUAUAUUAGCUGUCAGUCAGUGAUCGAAACUGUUUGGGAGCCCAUCAUCAAAGUGAUCUUCCAAGUUGGACCUGAAAAUAGGAACAUCUGGUUAUUUAAUUCCUGUGUGGAUCUGCUUGAUGCUCUUAUUUUGGGGAGAAAUAAGGAUGAGACUAAUAACCUGCAUAUCCAGGAAACCGUGAAAUUAUCUGCUCAAAUUCCCGUAGUUGGGAAUCUUGUAACUGGUAAAUGCUUAUUGAAACUCCAUCCAAUAAAAUGGUCAUCUUGGGAUCUAUGUCAGCUGGAUUUCUUUACAAAAUUGAUUUAUAUCCUUGCCACUCAAGGAUCCAAAGCCACGGUCACCCCGGAGUUCAGAAGACUGGCGGGUGAUGCUGCCCUUAGGUUAUUCAAAUCUCUUCUAAAAGCAGUUAACACUUCUCUGAAAUAUGCUUCCAUUACUUAUGAUGAGGUGAUGCAGUGUUUGAACACAAUUUUGAGGUUCUUGGGGAAACUAUGUGAAAAUUUGACUUUGGAAGAUAGUUGCAUUGAUGAUUCAUGCCUUAUUAGCCUUCAAUUUUUAGAGGUGGCAUCUAAGGGGCUAGAUUACUCCAUGUUGCGAUCUCCCCUUUACAAAGUGUCAUUAGACCUCAAGUGCAUUGAAAAAUUAAAACCUGCUGGUGAGGUUAGAAGUGUAAUGGUGGAAGGUAUCUGCUUUGUUAAUAAUAUGGACAUGGUGUCACCAGUCAUGUAUUUGAGUAGACUCUAUUUCUAUGUGGUAGUACAUUCAACUUUAAAGGCACCUGAUUGUGAAUCCAUAUUACUAUCAAUGAAUGGAUAUGUGAAGUUUUUAUUAACUUUAGGUGAUCCUCUGGAAGUUCUUCGUGCAUUUAUUGGUUUACUGUACAAACACAAAGUAUUCAAUUGCUUAAAGAUUUGGAUAGUUCUAGCAAACUAUCUGAAAGACUACAUAGAUGGUAGAAGGGAUCCGUUGGUGCUGAAUAUGGAGUCAGACAACCUUGGUUAUUCUGUAGCAUUAUAUUUCCUGUCAUACCCAUUUGCUUUGUGCUCUUUUCCUCAGAUUAAGCUUGAGCUUCAUGAUGUUAUUGAACUGUGGAAGUUGCUUUUUGUGUCUGCUAACCAUUCUUUACAAUCUGAGGAUUCCCCAGUGAAGAGUUUCUCAGAGGAUCUGUGCUCAAUAUUGAAUGGAUUUUUUGAUGAAGUUGGACUAGCAGCUGGCACUGUAGAGAAUCAGGGGUUUCUUUUACUGUAUGAAAGCAUCAUCUUGUAUUUCCUGGAGCAAUCAACUUUGAGCAUAAGCUUUAAGGGAAGCAAAAACAUGGAUUGUGAUGGCAGAAUUUGCAGCAACAUGAAGAAUAGCAUGGAGUUAGCUGCUCGGUUUAUGAAGCUGUUCCUGGUGAAGAAAGAGAUCGAUGCACCAGCAAAGCUCUCUGUACCAUCAAGUUUUUUGUCAGCAUUGAUACACUUUGUUAGCUGUCUUCACCUGAGGGAAGAUAUUGUUACAUUAAUUAAGGAAAUGUCAAGUCCAUUGCUUGGGUGGCUGUCGGACAUGCAUCUAUUCGAUGAGAACACAAACAAACAACUUCAACUAUUGUGGGAAGAAAUCCUUAAAAGUUUAUGCCGAAGUCAGCCAUCGGUUAAAUUCGACUCCUCAUUCCUCAAGUUCCAAGAUCCCCUCCUUGAAAGAACUCUUGAUCACCCUGAUCCUUCCAUAUCAGAGCCCACCAUUAAUUUUUGGAAUUCUACUUAUAGCAAGCAGAUCAAGUUAGACUACCCACAAAACUUGGUUCCUGUAUUACACAAACUCUCAAGAAAUGGAAAAAUAAACCUAUGCAGAAGAAGUCACUGUAGAGAAGACAGCAAUACUGCCUGCCAAAACUUCAGGGUAACUGCAACGCUGAACAGAUGUUUCAAAAGAGUCGAAUUUAUGGAGAAUGUUACAAAUGGUUUGCAGCAUAAUGACGUGACGAGUUUGAGUUCAAAAAGGAAAAGACCUGAGCUAACAGAACAUCAGAAAGAAGUGAGACGAGCACAGCAAGGGCGGAUGAUGGAUUGUAGUGGACACGGGCCUGGAAUCCGGACUUACACUAGUGUUGAUUUCUCACAAGGAAAUGAAGAAUCACAAGACAGCCAGGACAUGGGGACUCUUAUUUGA